AUGGGAGUGGGCGAUUAUGUCCACUCUAAAGAAGCUGGGCAGCCUCGCGCACCCGCCGACAUAGGCCCGUCGCAGCGCAAACUGCGGAUCGAGCCAGCAAAGACUGUCCUGCCCACCACAUUUCUGGAUAAUACAAAAACGAAUGGAAGAACCGUGUCACGGUCUUUUCAACAAUUGGAUGCCUUUCCGAGCCAGUCUCGCCCGCUCUCCGAAAACCAACCCCCCGACAAUGAAGGGCCUAGGGACCCUUUUGACACCGAUGUUGAAGGGCUGGAUGACUCGACCAUUGCUGGUACCAGUGUUUUUGGCCAUGAUGACGGCCGGUCACAGCCUCCAUUGGAUGUGAAUACUAUUGAGACAACCACCUCGCCACACCCAUCUUACUUGCCUCGGCCCACUCGUGACCGGAAUUCUUGGUACGGGGGAGGCCUUGGCCUUGGUGACCAGGUCAUGAAGAAAGCAGGAUUUGAUUCCGAUGACGCCGGGGAUACGACUAGCCAAGCUACCUCCUCCAUAGGAGGGGAUGACGAGAAGAGUGAAGAACCCAGCGGCUGGUAUCUGUCUCAUAAGCACCGCUCCACGGAAGAGCCACUCAGCAAGCGCCUCGAAAACUUCUGGUCUGCAAGCAAAAAAUUACCAUCAAACCCCAUAGGUGUCUCACAGCCAGAGUUGCAAAAUCAACUACUGGCCCCGGUGACCGUGAUUCCUGAGCCCCAACCACCACCACGGAAACUGGGGCAUAUGCUACCUCCCACGGCGGCCAGGAAGAUAGCAUUGCCGCAUAGCACGUCAGGCACCCCACGAACACGUUUCAGCCCACCAAAGCUCUCGCUCUUGGAACGAUUGGAUAUAUCACCGACCAGACAUGGGUCUGAACCGCCACCACAAACUGGACGGACUAUCAGUAUGACAGCUUUCCAAGAACCGGACCACAGCGAGGAGGAGAGUAAUCACGACCUUGAUGAAACGAUUAGGAUCGGUAGUAGCCGAGGAAGUGAACAUUCGGCCCAUCCUUAUGAUUUGACCAACAUGAGCGACUUGGACCGCGACGGCGAAUCUGAUCUGAUGCAAGACCCAUUCCUCACACACGCCUCUGCUAAACGCGAGCGUCGUAACACCGUCAUCCGCGCGAAUAAACGCCCGUUGGAAGCAGACUAUCCUCCACAACUGCUUUAUCAGAAAUCGUUCGCCGAGCUACAAGCCGAACCUUUCGACAAAGCUCCGACACCUACGCCUCCUCCUGUCAAGUCGCCUCCACUACCUCCAAAUCCUGCCCUCAUCGCGGGUGAUCAGUCGUCAAAUGAUGCUGUAUCUCAAAUUCUGCGACUUGCUGAUCAAGAUCGCCAAACAUUUUUGUCUCGCAUGUCUGUCGAAGAAUGGGAGGACUGUGGAGACCAAUUGAUUGAUCGAUUCAGUCACUUGCUCACGGAGAUGAAGAAUCUGCGCCGUGCGCGUCGUCGUACGGCUGCGGUCUUUGAAUCCGAGGUCCGGCGCCGCCAUGAGGAGGUCGAAGCCCAAGACUCGGAGCUUUCCUCGAAGCUAAACGAAAUGAGGACCGGAGGUGCCCAGGUCCUGCGUGGACGAAGCCAAUGA